AAUUACCGCGGUGUUUGUUUUUUACGCGUGGUCACCUGGCGUUCCCUCUAAGUCAGAGCAUUUUAUCCACCCUUGCAAAAUUUCAAGAUGUCAUUAACAGACCAGCUAAGAGCUUUAGCAGUCCCGAUUACAUCCAGCUAUGUAGUUGACAAUGUUCACCGCAAGUCUUUGAUUUAUGAAGAUGCUUCGAAAAUCGACACUCAGUCUUGUUAUUCAAGCUGUUUAAAGUCGUUUGAAAAACUGUGUGAGAUGGAAAACGCUUUUACCUCAUUUGGCAGUACAUUGUUUUCUGUGACGUCGUGUCAACUGGAAAUGUGCAAUCUCUUUCGUCAAGAAAAAGUAAAACUUGACAGCGAAAUCUCCAAAUUCCUGUGUUACAUUUCUUCUUUCCUUAAGCAUUUUGUUGCUGUACAAGCUUUAGAAUGGCUAGUAUUCAAGUUUCAGAUUCAUAUACAUUAUGUUGAAGAUUUUAUUCGCUGCAUCAUUCCAUAUCAUGAAACUGGUCUGUUCGUCAAGUUUAUUCAAAUUCUAAAUUUCCAGCAGUUACCUUCUUCCUUCCAGUGGUUAAAACCAUAUGCUGAAAGUGGUAAAGCCAUAUCACGGAAGGAAUUCGCUCGUCUAUGCAUCCGAGAACAUACCCUUAUUCCAUUUAUAUGUACAGCUAUCCUCAGUUAUAUGGAAUGUUGUCGCAAUUUGAUGCCAACAAGACUUAACGAUAUGACCAAUUUUUUUUUGGGAAUCGUAACCGCGUUGUGUGAUUCUGGUGUGCCUGAGAAAAAACUUCUCAAGAUAUUAGAUUGUUUUCAGGAUGUUAUAAAACAAGGAUUAAAAUCUACGAAUAUAGCUCCUUUUCAAUGCGCCACAUUUUUGGUCGUAAUACGUUUCAGUUUGAAGUUGAUAAUUAAUCAAGAACUAGUUCUCGAUUGGAUAUCUAUUAUUUUAAAGAAAACUCGACCUUCUUGUGAGUGGGAAUCAAUACGUAUUGUAAUCCAACUAAUGAGAAAUCAGCGUAUUCCUUUGUUACCUCCAAAACUUACUGAGCGUCAGAAUGUUUUAUUUUCCAAACUAUCUCCUGAAGAACAACGUAUAAUUGAAGAAGAACAGUCGGCGCUAGUCAAUGAGUACAAUGAUCCUAAUAAGUUAGCAGCGGAGUGUAUGCAGAAGUUUGAUUAUGUUCAAAAAGCUACACAGUUUGUUGAUGUUGAUAUCAAAAGCCUUGAGUCAAAAACAAAGGAACAAAAACCUGCCGACGAUAUUUUAUUAACAGAAGAGCUCAAGUUGAAAAUCGAUGAAAUUCACGCAUUUUUGUCAAGUAUCCCUAACGUAGGCUGCUGUGUAAUGAAUUGCACUUCAUCUUGUCCUAGCGGACCUUUACCAAAUUCUGAGUGUUGGUUAUCUGAUUUGUUACUUGAAAUAUUUUCCGAUGAAUGUUUUGGUAAUAAUAAUUCUGAUCAACAUAAAGUACAUUAUUCAAAAGUAGAAAUACGGCAUUAUAUUCGGUUACUAAGAUUGGUUAAAUCUUCCAUAAAUAUUCACAUAGAUUCUGGUAAAUAUGCUCAAGGGGUGGUAGUUGCAUCAGGUACACCGAAGCCAAAAUGUUCCCGUAAAUCAAUGUCGUCUUCAUAUGGUUUGUUACAGAAAGGCAUUGACAAAGUUUUACCACUCUUGGUUGCUUGCUUGUCACACCCUGCUGCUAUUAUUCGUGUAGAGGCGUACGAUAUCUUACACUUUUGGCUCAAGAAUGAUUUAUCAAAAGAUCUGGAACGCAAACCGAAUUUUUCUACCUUUUGCUCCAAUUCCGACUUGACUUCAGAUUUUGCAGCGCAUAUAGAUGAGUUGUUUCCGGAGGAAAUAAGAGAGUUGCUCCUAGGCGAUCCACUCUACUCAUUAAACAAAGUAGCUUCUCUCUUGAUCAAGGCUGUUGUUCGCCUGUUAUUCAGUCAAACAUUAAACCUAAGUACCUUGGAGGCUUGCUCAGAAAGUAAAUUUUCCAUACUUUGCUGGAAGGUCGGCCUACGUUUACUAAAUGAGGAUACCGUCGGUGAUAUUCUUUUUAUUCCGAGUAGUCCAACUGAAGAAUUUGUCAGAGGCUGGUCUGGGUUUCUAAAUUUGAUACAUUGCUCCAAUGUUCAUUUCAUCGAUUUACAUCAUAUAUGUUUAUCACGUCUUAAUCCAGCAUUAUUUGCAUCUUUAGAACGUUCUACCCUUUCAAUGAAUUCUAAUAAAGAGAAAGCAUCAAUUUUGCGGAAAUCAACUGGUUGUUUGCAAACUCUCAAUAGAAAUGUGUCAAACACGGAUCUUUAUGAAGGACCCCAAUUUAGUAUUCUUGAUGCUUUAUAUAAGCUUGGUCAUAGUAAUGGGCAGUCUGAUUUCGAUUCCGUUCAUAAAGUAUUUUCUCGUCUUCAUCUAAAUGCAGUCCAUUUCGAUUAUAUGUUCAUAAAAGCAGAUCCGUCAAGAACAGUUGGUGGUGACAACAGGUCAUUAUUUGCUCGAGUUGCUGAAGCCCGAGAAUCUCGUCGACGUAGUUUACGAAUACGGAAAACCAGGGAGACUGAUUUGGAAUUAUUAAAUGAUGAUAAAAAGGUCUAUUCAGAAAGAAUUCGCCUACGAUUUCUUAGUAUGUUAUUGUCUAUUUUAACUGAAGCUGUGCCACGGUUACAAUCAUAUGAAAUUGCAUCUACGGUUCAGAAUAAAUCAAAAUCUGUUGAUUUGAAUACAUCACUAACAGCUGUAGAUACAAAAUCACCCAAUAUUGUCGUAAAGAAAAUUAAAGAUCUUAAUUUGCCGAUGAAUGAUUUGAUCACUCCAUUAGUUAAUCAUCUUACAAGCAUCUUAAACAUGGAGCAAAAUUUGAAACAAAUAGAAGCAAAUACAAAUCAAGCAAAUGUUCUAGAGUUUGAUACAGAUAGUGAUCUGGAAUCAUUACCUGGUGAUUUGUCUGAUAUCCAUAUGGAUCAAGAGGCAGCAGAUAUUUCGAUUGUUAAUGAAGACUCGUGUAUUCGACCACUGUUGCGUCAGUGCAUUUAUAAACUUCUGAUUUGCAUCACAACUAUAUUUGCUGAAGGAAAUCGUGUUAAGCGACCUCAUAGAAAACGUUCUUAUCGGAAAACACCAACGGACCAGACAGGUCUACUUUAUGGUUUAACAUCUGCACAAGUUGCUGUGGAUCCAAUUUUCCUCUGCCUCACUGUCUACCCUGACUGGAUGUCCUUGCAUCAACAGGUUCUACUAUGUUUUAUUGAACUGUCUGUCAUGUUUCCCAGUGCAUUAUGUCACCAUUUAGUGUCUUUGGUGCAAUGGGUUGCGUGCAAUCGUCAACUUAUGCGUUUGGAUAAUGCUCAUAACCUUAGUAUUUUGGGACGUCUGAUAUUAGUAACUGUUCCGGCACUUAUUCGAGCGUCUUCUGAGCAAAUUUCUGCUGGUCUUUAUGUGCUUUAUCUCUUUAUUAUCAGAUUUGCUGAGUUCUCCACUAAUUUGGCUCGGCGUCGUUUAGCACUUUACGCGGUCCUAAUACGUGGUUUGUCUCAAGUAACUGGACCAUUCAUAACAGACAGUGAAGUAAAUCAGUCUUUUACACAAAAACAAAUUACGGAUGAAAUAAAACCAACCAAAAAAGUUGAGGGGGCUGCACGUGGAAAUGAGUGUAAAAUCUCUUUACGACCUAAAGAAAGUUGGAUUGGAAGUUGGUUAUGGGUUACGUCACUUGUAUUCUUGAACAAAAAUUGGCAAAUACAAUCAGUUGCUGAUGAAGUUGGGCCUUUUCUUAUCGAGUUGUUCUGUCAUUUCGGGUGGGAUCAUCAAGUGCUUGGACUCUGUGAAUGCAUAGAUUUUCUGAAAUAUUUGUGUACGAAUUCUUGUGAUUAUAAGCUUCCUCAAAUUGACGUAUCAGAGAACAGUGGUAGUGUUUACAUUGAAAUUGGUCAUUCGCAAAAGCGACUAAAAUUGAGUUCGUCAUGUGCGAAUCUCAGCAAAUCACCAACCAACAACUUAACAAUUAGUUCUACCGAAUCUCUGCCAAACGACAUUAAUGUGAGCACACCGACUUCUUUCAUCCAACUCGCGUCUUUUAUUUUCAAUUCAGAUAACGCAAUUCAAAAAAGCGAACAAGUCCAAACAUCUUUGAACAAUUCUGCCGUUGUAACGUUGAAUGAAAUAUGGUCUUUAGUCAAUCGAACUAUACAGUUUAUUGUAGCAUUGAUAAGAAAUCCUGAUUACUGUGAUAAAGUUCAAACAGCUUUCAGCGAUCCAUCAGGUUUAAGUGCUGUUUAUGGUCGGUUAGUGGAACAUAUUGUUCAGUUAAUGCUCGUUGUAGCUACUUUCUUGACGAAAGUAAAGAAAUCCGACGAAAAAAUGACAGACGUAGUCUCCUGUGCUGAUGAAACAUUGUCCGGUUUGCAAUCAAUUUUAGUACAGAUUUUGGACUCAGUCCCUGGUCGAGUAUUCAUCUCCAUGAUCUUGGAUUUAUUCUCAUGUGAAAACCGUGGGCUUCGUCGUAAAGCUCUCGACUUAUUAUCUGCUAAAUUAACAAGUUUAACUGCAAAUGUUCAACCAGUUCCAAUUUUAAUUGAUUUUACUAAAAUGAAUUACAAAUCCUUCCUCAAGUCGCAUAAACAUUUAGUUAGCCGAAAUUUUGUUGAUCUGAAUCGUACUAUGGAGGCUGGUUUAGUUCAGUUCACUGGGAAGCUAAUUUCAUUCUAUAAUUUGAAAAGUGGCAAGAUGGAUGGUUCCCUGAGGACAAAACAUACUACCGUUUUGGGUUCAGGAUUUUCACGUCAGUGUCUAGCUUGUUUGAGGAGUUUAACCAAAUUACUGGCCUACCGUUAUCCAGGGGAAUUCAUGAGGGCUUUGGACAGUUUAAUGACAGUUCCUAGUAAUUGGUGGAUUACUGUUGAUGUUACAGAUGCUCAUCAAGCUUCAGUUAACUCAACUGAUGAACCACUUGUGGAAAGCAAUUCGCAUGGACAUUAUUUCGGGUCAUCUCUUGCUGAGUCAAGAUCCUUAGCUUGUUUGUUUUUUGUUGAAUGUUUACAACGUUUACCACCACAGUCUUUAUAUCCAGAAGCGAGCGCAACUACUUCCCGCCUUAGUUGGUUACUUUCUUUCGCAUUAGACCAUGGUUAUACUUGUACCUCUUUUGCUUCUUCACCAAAGUUGUCCUUAAAACAAUGUUCUUUGAACUCACCGUGCAAAUCAGAUCGUUACAUGAAAUUGGUGACUGGUACUAUGCACUCAAGAGAUCAGCACUUAUUAGCUAGUUUAACACUGAUCAGCAAUCUACUUGAGUUAGCCAUCAUUCAUCGGUUAUGUCAACAGUCUAAAGGUGACUACUCUUCAGAAAAUACUGAAUCAGCUAUUGGAAAGUGGUUAGAAUUUGAGAGUACGACUAAGAAAAAUACGAAUAAUUCCGCGUAUCAAGAACCUGUUGCAGUAACACUACUAAGUCUUAUGUUUCAGCUCCGCAAAGACAACCUGUCUACACUAACAGGUUGUAAUCCGGAACGCUCUGGUCCUGUAUUUCGUCAGAUUUCAAACCUUAUUGAACACAUACAGUAAGUUACAAAGCAUUUAGUGAAUAUGUCUUUGAAAGUAUUGCGUAUAUAUUAUGUGCACAAUGUUCACAUUAAUAAAAGGAUAUUUUGAGUUACAUACUUUGAAGUCACCAAAAUAUUAACAAUGUCAACUCUUGGUUAGAUAAUUUUAUCGCCUAAACCUCAUUACAAUCGAAAUUCUAAAGCCCAAGUUCACUUAUUAAUUAGCAUUCAGUUCGUAACUACAUCAUCUCAUAGUCAUCUACACCAUUUAAAGUGAUAUGACUAGAUAUAUCCAUAGCUUUAUCUGCUCAUGUUGUUUUUUCACUCAACCAAAGAAAUAGUUCACGAAAUGCCUCUUCCAAAGCUAGUGAGUUUCUUGAUAGAAUUCAUUUACGUUCAUGGUGUGUAACGUCAAUAAGUUGUCUGUAUCCUAAACAAUGGCUGACAUGUUACCUAACCAUUAAUUCUCAUCUUACAUCUAUUUAGUGGAAAAAGAGUGACCUACAGAAUUAUUCACUUCAUUUUCAGCAACUGAGCUUAAGAUUCAAACUCGUCCAGUUUUCAUAUUUCAGUGCAGACAAAUAGGUCGUCUCUUUAGCUCUGAAACCAAAAAGUGUGGCGUAAAACGCAAUCCUUAAACAUGUCGUUGGUGUUAUGGAUUAUGUGGUAAAGGAGUUGCAUUAAAAAAAAUUAUCAUACGUUUAUGUCCUAGAGUCUCGGCGAUAACUCACUAAACACAUUUUGGUUUUCAAAAUCUUCACAAGAUUAUCUAGUGUAACUAAAAGAUUUAACAAAACUGUUGUUUUGCUGGAGUAAGGUAUAUUUAAUCCGACCAUUUAUUUGUUGCUAAAAUCAACGUUCUUUUUUCAUCGAGUCUGUUGUGGUUUUCACUUUUGUUUUAGUAGUGUUUCAGACUCAUUAGGUUAGUAUUAUCAAAUACCGAUUUAAAUGAGCCUAUUAUAUAUUCUGAUUCUGUUAGUAUCUUCUGUUAUUGGAUGUGGUUACUUGAACUAAGAUCUCUCUGUGCUACAUAAAGUAAGUAUUAUCUUGUCUUCUGUUCGGGUUUUAUUGUUACGGAACUCAAUUUUCAUAACCAAAAUGUCCAUCGUUACAGUUAGCCGCUUAAUUUUGUAUAAUUUGGCUGAAAAUAAGCUCUGAAAAUUUCAUUUCUUAGAAAUGUUUAACGUUAACCCGCCUAUUUAUGUUCAUAUUCAUAGUAAACUUCUCCGUCACAUAACAGAAGUCAGUUAUCUACUCACAUCAAUUCAGAUUGUAAUUGAAAAAGCCUCUAAAACGAAUAGUAACGUAAGUUUUCAUGUUUUAUUUAAUUGUUUUCAAUGUUAAUAAAAAAGUAUAUUUUCAUUCAUUAACUACCUCCAAUAGUGUCAUUUGAUUUAGUUCUCAAAAUAUAACACAAUAUUUUGCUGCCAGCUAUAAAUCUGAAAUUUUCAUUGUUUUUAAAAAAUGAUGUUCAUGUAAAUAACCUUCUACUGGUAUAAUAAUGUCAAUGCUGUGACAAUUCAUAAUAUAUACAACACGACAACACUAUUCGGUUUUAUGCAUAAAGUUAUGAACAAUGUUUCAGUUGCGCUGAAAGAAAUAACUAUAUGAACACUUAGUAUUUUUGUUUAUUUGAUCUAGUUAUACAGAGUAACUUCCGUGAUUAUAUAGUUUGAGUUUCCUAUUUUGUUUUAGUCAACGCAAAAAGUAAUAAGAAAAAAAUCCUUUAAAAUAUCUGGUUUCAUUUACUACUGUACUCUUUUUUCUAAAUUGGAUUUUUCAUGUUUGAUAAGAUAAUUAAUCCAUUUUUUAUGUAUGUUUACUUAGUUUGAUUUGAAGUUAUUUGUUUUCAUGUUCAAUACCUGAUUGAUUUAUUUUAGUUUGGAUUGACAAUAUCUAUAGCCUGGAUGAAUUAAUCGUACCUUAAAGCCUAAUAAAUUAUUAUUUGAAAUAGUAGAAAAGCUUCGCGACUCAGACAGAUGGUUUUUGGCUAUGUUGUGUUUGUUGAGGUACAUGGUUUCCCUGCUGAUCUUUCAUUGUCGUUCUAGACAACAUCAUCGCCUACUUCAAAUAUAAGUGAUCUUUUUAGUUAUGCCGCAAACAUUGUAUCAUUUAGUUUUGUUGUCCUCAUUUGUAAUUGGUAGUCCGUGUAGCUUCUGUCAUCCUCAUUUGCUCUUGCAUUUAUGUUGGUUGUCUUUUUCGAUUGACCUCUGACGAUGUGAUUUAUUGACCUUCUUCAUGAUAUAAUACUUACAGAAUAACUAGAAAGACUACUUCCAUGUAAACUAGGCGUCGAUUGUUUUGUCCUGAACGACAAUGCAAGCUUGAGAGGGAAACUAUGUCGCUCAGAGAUCACAACAUCAAAUUAGUGUUCAUCUUUAAUCGAUUUCUACGUAUGUUCUUUUAAAACAUGCAUUUUGUUGAUUCCUAAUCAGUUAUUUUUCAAAUAAACUUAUUUACCUCCAUAUCUUUUUAUAGACUUUAUUACAUGGUGCUUUGUCUUUCUUGUCUGAUUUUGGCGAGUCCAUGGCACCCAUUGAAGAAAACGGUGUUAUUGCUUCUAAAGAUGAAAAUCAGUUACACUCUUUCGCAACAAUGCAUGCAACUCAUCCCGACCUGACAUGGCGUUUGAUCUAUACUUGUUUGUGUACAGUUGUGAAUAGACUGAAUGAAGUUGAUUUCCGAAAUAUUACAGAAUUAAAAAAUAAUGAUAUGCUUUUAUGUCUUUACCGUUCUGUUGCUAGUUUAAUUAGUUCAUUACCAGAUGAUAAUACUCGCCUUAAAAUUUGUCAACAGUUGUUUACAUGGGUUAAUGUUCAAAAUAAUGAAGAAGAAUCAGGUGAUCAAAUCAAAGAUAUCACUGAUCAGAUGUUAUUACGUUUAUCAGUUGUAUUCAGGAUAAUAGAAAGAAUCCCAGAUUAUCUAAACACAGAAGAAUUUUCUGAGCUAAGCAAACAGAUGUAUUUAGUUGAUUACAUUGUUUUAAUAUUCAUCAUAGCUGUUGGUAAGAAAUUUAAAGGUGCUAAAAAACUGUCCAAUCGGUUAGGUUUUGGCCGAUCGCUUCAAUGCUAUUCUGAUGGAACUACAUCUUGUGUCUUAAUUUGUAUUCAUGCUUCAUUGUCAUGUUUGCACAAAUGGCUUAUUGGAGAGGUAAAAAAUGUUGGAUGUCUCGAUGCUGCCUCAAUUGGAGAAUCAGUACAAUAUAUUCCUUCUGUUUUGAUUGGAUUACUCGAUAUAUCCUGUCCAUCUUCUCAUGUACCCCCAAUAAGUGAAAUCGAUAUUCAAGAUGUAUUAGGCUCAUAUUUGAAUGCAAUAUGCGGUGAUGAAGCCUAUCUUCGUCCACUUGGUUCUGCACUGACUGAACGUAUUAUGCACUCCACGUACUGGCGUACUAGGUUAGCUGCAAUUCGACUGUUGAAGUUUGUCUUUAAUCAUUCAAAUGAUCAUGAAAUUGACAAUGAUGGGGAUGUUACAAUGGAUUCAAAACUUUCUGGUCCUGUCAGUUGUAUUGUAUCAGAUUCACUGUUAGCUCUAUCAGAAGCGUUGGAAGAUGACCGACCAGAAGUUGAAACUGAAGCCAAUAAACUGUUUGCUGAAUUAGAACAAAUGGGUCUGACUGCUACAAAAACGUAAACUAUGAAUUUACCACAAGCUUUAUCAGCUAAUAAAGAUAAAAGUUAUUUUGAAAUAAAUCCUUUUGUACAGUCUUUCCUAUGUGCUUUCUUACUCAUGUGAACAAAUAUAAUUUUGUGUGAAAGAUAUCAUUUGUACAUGGUCCCAGUUUAUGUCUUGAUCAAUUAUAUUUUUUUGAAAAAAGUCUUUUUAGUUCAAAGUUUUCAGAAUAUUAUAUCAGAUCGUCGCUUAGAUAUUUUCAUCAAUUUUUUAUUUAUCAGAAGGGGUUUUGGGGAGAUUUAGUAUUUUUCAUAGU